AUGUCAAAAGCGCAAGCUUUAAUACUUGGACAAAUAAAACACGCUAACGAGACUCUCGCCGAACUCAAAGAUAGACAUAUCAUUUUUGAAUUUAAUGGAACAAGACAAGAAUUCAUUCUUACGGCAUACGAAUCAUAUGAAAAUAUAUCGGCACUCUUAUGUAAUCCUACCGAAUCAAUCAACAAACUCGAUAAAGAAAUACUCGAGCUUCUCCCGACAAAUGUCUCAUUAAUUCUGGUGAUUGGCGAUGCGAGAAAAUUUGUCGAUAUUGAGGCUGCCACGGCAUUAGGUAUAACAGUUUCGGAUACUAAUAGUACUUUAUUGGGUGCUUCAACUCAAGAGGAGAUAGAAAAAAAAUCUAUAGAAAUUUUAGAUGAGACACUAUUCACUGGUAUACCUACAAAUCCAAUAAACGAUCCUGAAGUAGUAGCUGAGAAUACGGCAAAACGAGUCACUGAAUUGAUAGGUUCAUUGGGAGCUUUCGAAGAGUUUGAUGUUGCGGAUGCUUUAGCUGGCUAG